UCCAGCCUUUUUAUCGAUGACAAUGGCCUCCGUCUCCUCCCACCAGACCAGGCAAAUAAGUGUAUCGAGUACUAUGCAAAUCACGGGAUCGGCUGGAUCGCAAGACCACGACACGGACACCAAGGCUUCAUACGCGCAGGCCGCUUCAAAAAGGCCUCCAACAUGAACUAUGCACUCGAUGUCUCCCUCCGUCUCAAACACAUCCUCGAGGAACUCCAAUCAUCCCGCAACUCCCCUGAU